AAUGGGACACAGGGCCAACAUUCCCAUUUCCUGCUCUGGUUUUGGGGGAAAAAGGAAUCCCCAGAGAUGCUUCCAUGGUCACCCCAUGAUUAUCCCAGAAAUCUGGCUCAGUAACUCAUUCCCUUGAUCCAUGGAARCUCAGGAUUCCACAGGUGUUUUCACUGCUGCUGGAAUCCUGGCUCUUCCCACGAUAUGCUGGGAUUUUGGGAUGCUCCAUCCCAUCCUGCUGGAAAGAGCUCUCCAGGACGAGGCUGGAGGCGCUGGAAGCCUGGCAGGAGCUCUCAGAGAGGGAAUUUUGUGGGAUGCAGGGAUCGCUCCRGAGUCAUGGGAACAGCGGCGGAGGACACAGAGUGGCUGCGCCGGGUGACGAAACAAUUCAGGAAUAUCGCCGGGAAGGAUGGGGAAAUCAGCUUGGAAGAGUUCAAAUCUGCCCUGCAAGUGAAGGAGUCCUUCUUUGCCGAGAGGUUUUUUGCGCUCUUGGACCCGGCCGGGAGCGGCUCCGUGGGCCGGGAGGAGCUGCUGCGAUCCCUGUGCCGGCUGCUCCGCGGGAACGCCACGGAAAAGCUCCGCUUCCUCUUCCAGGUGUACGACCUGGACGGGAGCGGCUCCAUCGAUGCGGAGGAGCUGCGGGUGGUGCUCCGGGGCUGUCUCCGGGAGAGCUCCCUGGUGCUGCCCGAGGAGCGGCUGGCGGCGCUGAGCCAGGCCCUGCUGCAGGCGGCCGACCGCGACCGCAGCGGCUCCAUCACCUUCCCCGAGCUCCGCCAGCAGCUGGAGGCRUUCCCGGAGCUCCUGGAGAACCUGACCAUCAGCGCCGCGAGCUGGCUGCUGCCCCCUGCUCCCCCUCCAGCGGAGCGACGGCGGCGGCGGCCGCGCUGCUUUUCCCGGGAAUUCUGGCUGCGGGAGCGGKCCCGGCUGGGCUGCCUGGGGGCCUGGGCCGCGCUCAGCGCGCUGCUCGUGUUUCUGGGGGCGCUGCGGUACCGGGAGCGCGGCCCCGCGCUGGCGCUGGCCCGGGGCUGCGGGCUCGGCCUCAACCUCAACUGCGCCCUGCUCGCCGUGAGUGCCGGGAACGGGACGGGACGGGACGGGACGGGAUGGUAUGCUGUCCCCUGUCCCAGCCCCCAGGCGCUGAUGCUGCGGCGCUCCCUGGCCCGGCUCCACUCCCCUAUCCCCAUCUCUGUCCGCAUCCCUGUGUCCCCAUCCCUGUCCCGUCCCCAGGCGCUGAUGCUGCGCCGUUCCCUGGCCCGGCUCCACUCCCCUGUCCCCAUCCCGGUGUCCCCAUCCCUGUCCCGUCCCCAGGCGCUGAUGCUGCGCCGCUCCCUGGCCCGGCUCCGCUCGACGCCGCUGGCGGAGCUGCUCCCUCUGGAGCUCCACGUUCGGGGCCAUCAGCUCGUGGGACACCUGGUGCUGGCGCUGGCGGCCGCGCACUCGGGGGCGCAUCUGGCACACGCCGGUCAGUGCGGGCCGGACACCGGGCGGGGCGCGGGGACGGACGCAGAGAUUCCAGAAUUCCCUUGCACUGCCUUUUCCCACUGGGAUACCCCAACAGCCCCACCACAAAGCACCACUUGGUUCCAGCACUUCCCGUUCCCAUUCCCAUUCCUGUUCCCAUUCCAAUCCCUGUUGUCAUCCCCAUUCCUCUUCCUGUCCCCAUUCCGACCCCCAUUCCCAUUCCUGCUCAUCCAGGUUUUCUACUGGAGCCACCUCUGCUACAUCCCGGUGUGGCUCCUGCUCCUCCUGCACGGCCCYCACUUCUGGAAGUGGUUCCUCAUUCCUGGAUCCCUAUUUUUCCUGGAGAAGGCGCUGGGCUGGGUGUGGCGCCGGGCGGGGGAUCUGCGCAUCCUGGAGGCCAACCUGCUUCCAUCCAAGGUGACACACCUGGUGAUCCAGAGACCGGAAUCCUUCCGCUUCCAGCCGGGAGAUUAYGUCUACCUGAACAUCCCGGCCAUCGCCGCCUGCGAGUGGCACCCGUUCUCCAUCAGCAGCGCUCCCGAGCAGCCAGGAACACUCUGGCUGCACAUCCGGGCUCUGGGCCAAUGGACCACCAAGCUCCACGAGUACUUCCAGCGGCUGGAAUUGCCUGGCCCAGAGCCGGAACCACCGGGGAAGAGCCGCAGCUGGGAUCGGGAAGGCUCCAAGGGGGGAUCCGUGGCCACAGGCAGGGACGGAGCUGUGGAGUUGACGUCGUUCCGAGCCUCAGGAGCUGCUUCCCUGGAAAAGGACCUGGAGCAGGGAAGCCUGGCCGGGCUGGGGGAGACCCAUCGGAGCUGCAGCAUCAAGUGCUACCUGGACGGUCCCUAUGGAACUCCGAGCGGGCGGAUCUUCACGUCGGAGCACGCGGUGCUGAUCGGAGCUGGCAUUGGGAUCACGCCCUUCGCCUCCAUCCUGCAGAGCAUCAUGUUCAGGUACCGCCGGAGGAAGCAGAGCUGCCCCAGCUGUGGCUUCUCCUGGAGCGAGGAACGGCGGGAUGAGGGCAUGACGCUCCGGAAGGUGGAUUUCAUCUGGAUAACACGGGAUCAACAGCACUUCCAGUGGUUCCUCAGCCUCCUGACCAAGCUGGAGACGGAGCAGGCGGAGCUGGAGCCGGGAGGGAAGUUCCUGGAGCUGCACCUGUACAUGACCUCGGCCCUGGGCAAGGGGGACAUGAAGGCCCUGGGGCUGCAGGUGGCCCUGGAUCUGCUGGCGGCCAAGGAAAACCGGGAUUCCAUCACCGGGCUCCGCACCCGCACCCAGCCCGGCCGCCCCGACUGGGCCAAGGUGUUUGGGAAUCUGGCGCAGGAGCAGCACGGGCAGGUCCGGGUGUUCUUCUGCGGCUCCGCGGGGCUGGCCAAGGAAAUCCGGGAACACUGCCGGCACUUCGGAUUCGGCUUCUCCCGGGAAAACUUCUGACCCCCAAUAUCCCCGACAUUCCCACCGCAUCCCGGCCUGGAUCCGCUCUGUCCCGGCUGGGAGUGUGGGAUAGGGUGGGGCCAUGAUCCUGGAACAUCCGUGGCGGGAUUUGGGAUGGAGGAGAUGGGGGUCCUGUGGCACCAAACUCCAUGGAUUUGGAAUGAAGGGGAUGAGGUCCUGGAGGGCUCUGGGAUGGUGGGGAUGGGUCCUGUGGCACCUUCCCGGGAUUUGGGAUGCUUUGGGAUGAUUUGGGAUGCUU